GGAGCUGGAAAGGGAGCGCUUCCCAGGACACAGCUCGGUGCUGAGGCUGAGAAGCCGACGCCGCUAGCUCAGGCCCGGGGGCGGGGGCUGGACUGCCCGCGCAGCCCGCGCCUGGGAGCUGCGGACCCGGGAACGCCUGAUGGGACGCCCCCAGGGGUUCUGUUCGCACCCUGCUGCCAAGUCCCAGUCCUAGGCGCCCGGGCGCACAGCCCGCCCCGCCGCAGCCCGCGGCCUGACUGGGGGGGAGUAUGCGGCCCCGGGCCCCGCGGCCACCGGCCACAGGGCGGCGGGGACCUAGCUGCAGAGUCCUGCGCCCGAGGGCGGCGGGCGAGGAACCGCGGGGGCCAGCGAGUCGUCGGGGCAAGAAGACGAGCGCCCCAGCCCGGGCUCCGGAAGGGCUGCGGGACCUGUGUGCGGCCUGAGCGCCGAGGAGGAGGCGGAGGCGCCCGCCGUCCAGGCUCUGGAGAGACUGUGAGGGGCUCCGCAGCAGCCCCGGACCCCCGGCCACCAUCCUCACGUUUCUGCUCCCACGGGGGGGAUGCCGCGGCCCGGGCCCCGAGCACCGCCCCGGCCCCGGGGCUGAGCUCCGGACCAUGUCCUCCCGCAGCCCCCGGCCCCCGCCCCGCCGCUGCCGCCGCCGCCUGCCGCGUCCCUCCUGCUGCUGCUGCUGUUGCCGCCGCUCGCACCUCAACGAGGACACGGGGCGCUUCGUGCUGCUGGCGGCGCUCAUCGGCCUCUACCUGGUGGCGGGCGCCACAGUCUUCUCGGCGCUGGAGAGCCCGGGCGAGGCGGAGGCGCGGGCGCGCUGGGGCGCCACCCUGCGCAACUUCAGCGCGGCGCACGGAGUGGCGGAGCCGGAGCUGCGCGCCUUCCUUCGGCACUACGAGGCCGCGCUGGCCGCCGGCGUCCGAGCCGACGCGCUGCGCCCGCGCUGGGACUUCCCCGGCGCUUUCUACUUCGUGGGCACCGUGGUAUCCACCAUAGGUUUCGGCAUGACCACCCCCGCCACGGUGGGUGGGAAGGCCUUCCUCAUCGCCUAUGGGCUGUUUGGCUGCGCUGGGACCAUCCUGUUCUUCAACCUCUUCCUGGAGCGCAUCAUCUCGCUGCUGGCCUUCAUCAUGCGCGCCUGCCGGGAGCACCAGCUGCGCCGCAGCGGCUUGCUGCCCGCCACCUUCGGCCGCGGCUCUGCGCUCUCGGAGGCCGACUGCUUGGCGGGCUGGAAGCCCUCGGUGUACCACGUGCUGCUGAUUCUGGGCCUGUUCGCCGUGCUGCUGUCCUGCUGCGCCUCGGCCAUGUACACCAGCGUGGAGGGCUGGGACUACGUGGACUCGCUCUACUUCUGCUUCGUCACCUUCAGCACCAUCGGCUUCGGGGACCUGGUGAGCAGCCAGCACGCCGCCUACCGGAACCAGGGGCUGUACCGCCUGGGGAACUUCCUCUUCAUCCUGCUCGGCGUGUGCUGCAUCUACUCGCUCUUCAAUGUCAUCUCCAUCCUCAUCAAGCAGGUGCUCAACUGGAUGCUGCGCAAGCUGAGCUGCCGCUGCUGCGCGCGCUGCUGCCCGGCGCCGGGCGCGCCCCUGGCCCGGCGCAACGCCAUCACCCCGGGCUCCCGGCUGCGCCGCCGCCUGACUGCGCUCGGCGUCGACCCCGGGACCUGCGACAGCGACGCCGAGGGCCGCCGCCUAUCGGGCGAGCUCAUCUCCAUGCGCGACCUCACCGCCUCCAACAAGGUAUCGCUGGCGCUGCUGCAGAAGCAGCUGUCGGAGACGGCCAACGGCUACCCGCGCAGCGUGUGCGUCAACACGCGCCAGAACGGCUUCUCGGGCGGCGUGGGCGCGCUGGGCAUCAUGAACAACCGCCUGGCCGAGACCAGCGCCUCCAGGUAGACCGCCCGCCCGCCCUCCCGCCCGUCCGCCCGUCUGCCCGCC